AUGGACGAUGACGAUUACUGGAAUACUAGCGAGACCAAAGCCAAAGCAUUUAGUUUUGACGAUGAUGUGCUGUCCCCUCAAGAAAUUCUUGCAAUUGGUCAAAAGUCAUAUUCUGGCCAAACAGACGACAGUGUAUUCAAUUCAACUUUAAAUAAUGCUAAAUCUCAACUUUUACCACUAUCCAGCUUGGUGCCUCCAAAAGUUUUAGAUUUAAUUGUUUUAGCACAAUCAGGUAAAGACCUCAAGGACAAACAGGACUCAGGACCAACAAUAGCAAUAACAUUAAAAAGACUUAUUUUGGGUAGAAGCUUCUCGCUUCAAAUUCAUCGAAGCUUAAAAAGCAAAACUGAAUUGUUAGAUGCUGCAAUAGCUAUUGGUGAUGGAAAUGCCAUAUUAACUGUUGUGUUAUUUUUAAUACAAACUUUAAAUAAAAAGUUAGUGUAUGAAAUUUUAUCAUCAAGAACUCUUGCUUUGAAUCAUUAUAUAAGCUUUCUGCAAACUGAAGGCAAAAUUACAGAGCUCACUGAUUUACUAACAAUGUUAGGACGCAGUCCUGAAGCAGCUAUGUACCAAUUUCAAUAUAUUGUCAAAACUCAAGGGAACAGUGUAGAUGGAUUGUUAAAGAAGUUAAACAACUUGAUGUCAAAUCAUUUCAAUCAGCCCGGCAUUGACUCUCAUCAGACAAAAAUGCUCUCGGACUACAUUAAAUUACUAGAAUGGCAGAAAUGUGCAAAUAAAUCGGAUUUGAAUAAUAAAUCGACACUACAAUGCCUUUCUCACUGCUGCGUCAACCACUGGCAAGAGGGUGCGGGCAAUAUGAUGUCACCGCUCACGCUUUGCCAACGACAGCAGGUGCCUCCACUUCAAUACGACUGGGUGGUGUUAAAUGUACACGCGAAUUCGAAGAAAUGGGACAUUGUGGAGUCUUUGUUUACAAAAAAGGACUGGUUCGGACGUACAACAGUAUCAUCUCAUAUUCCCAUAGAAAUAUUACUAUCGAGAUUGAAUUCUCUCUCUGCAAGUAAAACCUUGCUGGCGACAUGUUUAAAUAAACUACAAAAUUCAGAACAAAGAUUGGCACUGGCACAAAAAUAUAAGGUACAUUCAGUUGUUAUAGAGACACUAGCUAAGCAAAAGGACCGUACUUCUUUAACAAAUUAUAAAAUGACACUAAGCCCUCAAUCUGAGGAGUAUAUUUUAGCAGAUAACACUCUAAGAGACCAUUCAAUUAAAUGGAAAAAU